CAUGAAUUCCAUCCCAUUCGGCCAUUCCAUCGACAUCGAGUCCUCAUUCGGCAAUCUCCUCUCGGCAAGACCAAGAGCAGCUUGCGACCACCAUUCCCGUUCCCUUUUCGGCGAGAUUUUUCGUUUCGGUGGUUCCUUCUCUUCGAUUUCGGCCUUUCGACUAUGGUGGAGACUGGAGAGAAACCGCUGUAGCGACAGCGAAUAGAAUUAUAGGAGCUGAGCGCUUUGAUUCUACAAUAGUAUUAUUUGCUAUCUUUAAGUUAUCGCUGUGCAUCAAGGAUAAAGUUUAUUUCAUAAGGAAGUCCAAAUGACCGAACCUGGUAGCUCAGAGUCGAAAACCACUACAGAAUCUCAUGUCAUAUACCGAUGUAAGAAAUGCCGAAGAAUUGUUGCUUCAGAGGAGAAUAUAGUUUCCCAUCAACAUGGGAAAGGUGACUCAAGCUUCAAGUGGAAGAAGAGGAGUGACAACCCAUGGGAAAAGGAAAAGCAGCAAAUUGAGUGUACCUCUAUAUUUGUUGAGCCCAUGAAAUGGAUGCAAGCAGUACAAGAAGGAAACGUGGAGGAUAAACUUCUCUGUAUGGGCUGUAAUGCUCGUUUGGGUUACUUCAACUGGGCAGGUAUGCAAUGUAGCUGUGGAGCCUGGGUUAACCCUGCAUUUCAGCUCCAUAAAAGCCGAUUAGAUGAGUGCUCUAUGUGAUCAAUUAAUUGCCUGGAGCUCAUCCGUCAGGGCUUCCCUAGAAAAGGGGUGUGUGGUUACUGGUUUUGAUAAUUAGUAGUUUAGCAUGUGAUGUUUUCAGGCACCGGGCCAGGCCACAUGACAUCUUCAAGCUAAAGUUUGAUUGAAUGCUAGGACUGAAAGGAACAUGUGGCGGUUCGUUCUUCUCAUAUUAAUCUGCAUUAUCACUCUCCAUUUCUGCAAUUUUUUCUUUCCUUCCUGUGUUGUCCGGUUUUAAAUGGUAAUAACUACAUUUCUAUCCUUCCUGCAUCUUAGGCUUCAAUGGAUUGUCAGGACUGAGAGCAGGUUAUAUGCUAAUUUAUACCAUCAAUAACUGCAUUUUGGCUC